CACUGAUGCGGGUGACAGCCCUGUUGGCACCACCACUGCAGCCAACCUGGAACAGCCUCAGGUUAUCCCCUCUCAGGGUGACCUUCUGGGGGAUCUUUUAAACCUUGACCUUGGUCCACCAGUCAAUGUGCCACAGGUAUCCUCCAUGCAGAUGGGAGCAGUGGAUCUCUUGGGAGGAGGACUGGAUAGUCUGCUUGGCAGUGACCUUGGCGGGGGCAUUGGAGGAAGUCCGGCAGUGGGACAAUCCUUCAUCCCAUCAUCAGUGCCUGCAACCUUUGCUCCUUCACCUACUCCUGCUGUGGUCAGCAGUGGUCUGAAUGACCUAUUUGAACUUUCCACAGGGAUAGGCAUGGCACCUGGUGGAUAUGUGGCUCCUAAGGCU